ACCGCCGGCGGCCAUCUUGCGUCUUAGUAAUAGUUCAGCGGAAGGAGGCGAGGCCGAUCCUAAACUGGUUUUGCGUCUCCCUGCAGGCAGUGCCUCCGAAAAGCAAGAACGGAACGUCAGCUGGUCGCACGUCAGCGGUGCUGUGCUCACUGUGGCUACACCGAGGGAUUGUAGGGCCACCCUUGGGCUAAAGCAGACGAAACGCACGCCGCGAGGUACGGCGAAGUUGCCAGGCGAGCGCCGGAAGUGUGUCUGACGGCGGCUGGGUUCGCCCGUGUUGGCUCCGAGACAAGAACCGCGGCGAAAACUUUCCUCGGUUCCGUUCGUGCCGAGAGCAGCUGGGAGCGGCCGGGAAAGCCAAGAAUCUGCAGGGAGAGGAACCGACCAUCUUCGAGCGAAAGACGCACCCGUCCAGAGAUGGAAUUCACUUUGACAAAACUGUACUACAUUCCGUACAUCGGAGUCGUCUCUGGACUUGGGGGCAUCAUCACGAGCUAUGUGAUCGCGGUGGCAAGGGGAGACGUCAAACCCUGGCUACCAUACAUCAGUGAUGCUGGAGGCGACUCGCCGCAAAGCUCCAUCUUCUCUUUCUCCAUGAUCGUGGUCUCAUUUUGUUUUCUUGUCGGAGUUACCCUCUGCCACCUCAUCCUCCUCAAGAGAAACAUCCACGGCAACAUGCUAGUCAAAUGGCUUAACCGACUUCUCCUGAUCGGUGGGGUUACAACAUCCUCCGGCAUGAUCAUCCUUGCCGUGAAUCCUGUCGGCCAUCUGAACAGAGAUGGCUCUUGGGCCCUGACGGUGUUUUUGCCACACAUGGUGGGCGCCGUCGUCAUGUUUACCAGCGGCAUCGGUUUGAUGAUCAUCCUGGCGACGUGCACCACCAUCUUGGAUUACCCGGACUGGAAGCAGAGGAACUUCUUUGUCCGUUGCGCCGCUGCCGUCAUCGGACUUGUGUCGGGAAUUUUGACGAUAGGAUACUGCCCAGUCGGCGAAAUAGACAAGCUGAAACCGCUGCCUGACCGGGCUCGAGAGUAUCCCCCAGGAACGAUCGUGAGCGCCAUCUGUGAAUGGAUCGUGGUGUUGACGUUCCUGGCCUUCAGUCUGUCCUUCGCGGCAGAGUUCCGCAAGUUCAAGCUUUGCCUCCGACUGGAGUAUCGUGACGUGGACGGGGUUGCAGCGCCGCUUCCCGUCAAGCCCGACGCGUCUCCGGAAAAGCCCGAGGCUCGAGACUGAUCCCGUCGCUUCAACUAGGAAGAAGAAAGAAGGUCCAAAACUAUUCUCCGGGGACAAAGACCUCGACGCUCGUCGUGCCAGUGGACGCGGGUAUUCCCGUCCCACUUCAAAAAGCUGUGAUUGUUUGCGUUUUCUUUUUUUUUUUUUCUGUUUGCACCUUUUUACUUUUGGCUGCGUUGAUGUGUUGAUACAGUCAAGGUAUUUCCGCACAUACACCACAGCGCUACCUUAGCGCUGGACAUAGCGCUGUCAUUGCUUGUGCAGCGCCGACUUCUCUCGCUAUAUUAGCGAUACAUAACUGAUACACUGCUUUCUCGGUGCUAAGUUACGUUGGAGUCAGCGCUACCUUGGUGCUGUUUCUUGGGUUGAUUUAGCGCUCCGUUGUGUGCACGAACAGACCUUUAAGUCGCGGUUACGCUGCAAAUACAUCAUACUGAACAAUUGGCAGCGACCUACCUUCAAAGUCCUAUAACGAACGAAAUACAUUACAGGGAAUUAAUGAGAGAAUUGGUGUGUCAUGUGACGUAUAUUUUUCCGUCAAAUUUAGCGGGGAAACUGGGCCGACGUGGAGGUCACGUCCCAUCCAUUUCUCCAAGGUGCAUAAGUCUCGUGAUGUCGGCUGACGUCACGAGACAACACUUUCCCGCCUAAUUUAACGGGAAAACUGAAUUGGUGAAUUGGAGCUCCCUAGUAGGGAGUUUUAGGGAACUGUUCGAACUGUUCGUACACAUCCGAUACGGUACGAUGGGCCCUCCGGUACAAACUGCGCGUAUGGGAGUGUUCUGUGAUAGCGCAUGCGCAGUGCGUACCGGAGGGCCCAUCAUACCACAUGGGACGUGCACAAACGGUUCCCUAAAAGUCUCUACCGUCUGAGGCGCGUUUCUUUGUUGGAUGAUACUCCUGUCACAUUGGUCGUACAGAAAACUGUCUGCUUCAAACAUGUUUGAGGUGUAGUUUGCAGCGAACACCGUGUAUUUUUGUAUGAUGCGACUGUGGUUUUAGUACGGUAUGUGUGAUGCACGCUUCUUCACCUUUUAAUUUGGCAUAGGUUAGCGUUGCUGCUGUACGCGUCGCCCCACCCUCAGCUGUUUGCUGAAAGGUUUAUGUUAAAAAUUGUUAGAAGUUUGCAUUCAAAUUUUGUUACGUCGCGUAAAUCUAGGGAAUGAAACAUCAGCAGCUCGAUUGAACCGAUUCAUGUGAACCCCUUGUUUUAAACAAUCGCGUUUUCCCGCAGCUGCUGCGAACAAAGCGCGUGUGCAGGAAUGUGUUUUUUUAAGGCGGUAGCUUUAUAUGACCAACCAACCUCAGGGGCAGCGUAAGCGCGAAAUGGGUAGGUCAGUCAGUCCGUAACCCCUCUAAACGAUCUCGAAAAAAGACAAAAAAAAAAAAAAAGACAACCGGAACGAGGGAUCGAAUCCUGGUCGCCGGGGUGGAAGCCGAGUGCGCUGCUGACUGGGCUACGGACCCGGCACGCAAGAACAGUAGGAGCAGAAGCAGGUGGUGUGAGUAAGCGCGCUGAGCGGUGAGACGUGGAAAGGGCAAUAAAUAGGUGAGCAGAAACAGGUGGUGUAAAAAGAGUGCACCGAACCACGACGAGUGGAAAAGGCAGGAAAGCGCGCUUUCCCUCUCGGUUACCCAGAAAAUUUGGCUCAAAGGCUUUGUAUCUGGGUGGUGCUGAAGCGGAAGGGCGCACAGCGUCACAAAGAGACAGUGGUGUGAUGUAAUAUUUUUUUCAUGCAAAACCCUGCCCUAGGCACCACCUGAACUAAGAGCGCCACCCACCCUAGGCACCGAAAGCCUCGUGUCCUAGGCACCACUUGAGCUAAAAGCACCACCCACCCUAUUCGCAACUUUCAGCAAUGGUGGUACUGCGGUGUGAGAAUCGCGCUCCCUAGCUCCUGGAUGAUUGGCCUCAUAAAAAACGGGCUUUCCUACACCUUCCUUGCGUGAAAAAAGAAAUAAUGUAAGGCUCUAAUGCUGCUCGUAUAUAGCAAAACUAGAAUUACUUACGCGUCGCCUACCCAGCCUCGUACCUCUAUUCUACGACGAUCAUCCAGAUGACAGCCAUUUUGAUAGGCACCGGUGCGCCCCCUAUAAGUCGUGAAAGUUGCGAAUAAAGCAGGGGUCUCAAACACGCGGAACGCGGGCCCCAUACGGCCCACGACUCUCUGAGAUAUGGACCGCAAGCACUCCGUGGUUGCGAGGUCCAGUUGCUAUGCCUCGAGCACUCCAUGCGCCAAAACUAUUCACCUCUCGUUGUCCAUUCAAUUGCUUUGAAAAACAUAGCUCUAUUAUGUAUUAACAUAUCUGGCACUAAUAUGUUCCUUUUAGAUCGAGGAUUGUCUUCUCUAACAUACCGUUAAGACACAAGUAUUUUCUUAUAACUCUGCUAGAAAAAGCAAAAACUACUUUACGAAAAGGCUUCUUUUUUUUUUUUUUUUUUUGAGUCAUUGAAUUUGGAUAAUUUCCUAGUGAAUUUAGCGACAUAGCAACGAUUGUGUGCUUGGUUUCGAGUUCGAUUAAAUUCCAGCGUGCUUGCGAAGUAGGGGUCGCUGGAAGUCUCAGCUACUUUGGAACGUAAAACACCAUCGCUAUUUUUUUCUUUGGGUCUUAAAAUGUAAUAUAUUUUUCCCCGCCUUAUGUUGGCCCCCAAACAUUAGAAUGGUGUUAUAUGGCUCCCGCACUCACAUGAGUUUGAGAUGAGCGCUAUAAAGCUACCGCAUUUAAACGCGUUUGGCAGAAUCGAUAGACAGCCAGAUAAUCUUUUUUUAGUGAGUCAUGUGUGUAACGUGCGCUGUUGAACAGACUGCGCCGCCGCCUUGCGAGUGUCGUCACAUGAACGAGUUUGGGUUUGGGAUGACGCUCGAGUGAAGUCUUAGCUCUCUGCGAUCAUUUGUUGAUUUAUCUGUUUCAGAAACUGCCGUCUGCUUCUAUAUCGUUUAUUGUUGUUGACCUGGUGACAGGCUGAGUGUUGUUAAAACGUGUUGAUCUCAUUGCUGUAGAAUCUCUUGACGCUUUAUCGAGGGUGGUACUGUUCCGCUAGAGAGGGAGAAAAAAUGUUGCCUGAAGAGCUUUCCACACUGACGAGACGAUCCCCGGGCUGUUACCGUCAGACAUCAAGAACGUAAAGCGAAAGAUUGUGUGAUCAAAGUUCUAGUGAUUUUCGUUCUACCUCGCUCACAUUUAUUAUACUGCCUCGUUUCCGUCCAAACGAAACGGCUCUUAUUGUUAACGUUGCGAAGCCAUAUAAUUGUACCGAUUCUUUUUUUUUAGAAUGUUUUUUGUCGCGAAUGUAAUGCUUAGUCCAGUGCUCUCGUAGUGAAUUGGGCUCACGUCAUUUUCGCCUAGCGUGAAUCGACCUUGAGUAAAAAUCAUCACUACCAUCUUUUUCUUUGCGGUUGCACGACGAUGUUUCGUCAUUCUUCCGUUCACUAUUACCAGCGCUUCGGCGGUAAUGGCCUACAAGAAAGAAUGGUGAGGAAAUAAGGAUGCUUCCUCAAGAAUGCAGGCAUUCCUUUCGUGCUGUCCCAGCCCCAUGCACACGAUCGGCUUGCAAGCGUCAGCGUAACACUCCCAUUAGCUCCAUAAUAGAAUUCCUCUGCCAUGUCGUUUGAAGUCGGCAGAGAUUGCGCGAGAACGCAAGCACGGUGCGUUUGGUUUCCUUGUUUGGCGAACUGAAGCUUUAAAUGUAAGUUCUUUCGGAACUGCGUGGGUCCGAUCCAUAACCUAUUCAUUCUGUUGCUAUGCAAGCUACUUGAUCCACUGCAAUUACUGAAGGGGUGAGAACGGCAACAAGGUCCUUUGGUGUCCCCGCCUCCAGCGCGAGUCUCCAAUGUUCCCUAAGGAUUCGCCGUCUCGUGAUCCUCACGAAAGCGUGACGUGGACCCAAAGCACGAUAAAAGGCAACGCGUGCGUUCUGGACGUCGGGUAUCUAAAAGAGGCAUCCUGUCGUACCCAUCCUGUCGGUGGCAUAGCAUUGUGGAUUUUGUAUCAUACGUCGUGUAGGACUCACUCCCAUUCAGAGCUCUCUAGGUUAAACAUACUUUUUGCUGACUUUCGGUGCUCUAAAUCGCUUCACACUUCCGCGUGUGCGACCAGCACCACUUAAAAACGAGGCUUUUGCACCGUUUUCUUACCACAGUCCUAAUAUUACUCUGUGUUUGGACACUGUUGGCUUCUGGCGGUGCCGACAAAGUCGCGUGAAUAUUGUAACAUGUGCGAGGGGGAGCGAAUGUACAUUACAGGAUCAUUAUUGUGAUGU